UAGUGAUUUGGGAAUAGGUUGGGCUAAACGGUCUGGAGGUCGCAUAUAAAAACUCCAUCAUAGCGUAUAUAUACAGACACACACAGACUCAGUCUGUCGAAGUCAAAAUGCUCGGAAGCGAUGUGCUGUUGUGCUUCAUCUUCUACAGCACGCUCCUAAUCUUAAAGAUGUACAUCAUUGCCAUCAUCACGGGCCAAGUGAGACUUAGGAAAAAGGCGUUUGCUAAUCCAGAGGACGCUGAGAGACACGGAGGUGUGCAGUUCUGCCGCACUGAUCCAUAUGUGGAACGCUGUAGGAGAGCACACCUCAAUGACAUGGAGAACAUUCUUCCCUUUUUAUUUCUUGGAGCCAUCUACUCCAUGACAGGCCCCUCUUAUGCAGUAGCACAACUUCAUUUUCUGGUCUUUUCCCUGAGUCGAGUUCUUCACAGCGUUGCAUACCUGUUGGCACUCAAAGCACCGACACGUUCAUUCGCCUAUGUCAUUGCUCAGGUGCCUUGCGUUUCCAUGGCGAUACAGAUUCUCAUGGAAGUAGCCUCAUUCGCAUGACCCUCUCAAUAAUGACUUCUGUGAUUGAUCAAGACUUAUGGUUACAAAUGUGAUGCAGAAUGCUGCUUUACGGACUUACAGCAUCUCAACAGUAAUACAAUUCAAAUUUCACUUUAACAUCAGACUUAAUAGCUCUGUUUUUAAAUCUCAACGAUCAUUGCCGUUUUUUUUUUUUUUUACUGGACACUACGGUUUGUAUUGUGGUUUGCUAUGUGUAUGGUCGUAUUAGCAUUCAAAUGAAGGUUAUUUAAUGUGAUUUAUUUUCACAAUCAGUUUUGCAUAUACUCAGCAUAUUUAUAUAUUUGAUACAACAGGCCUUAUUCUCUUUGAAUGGACCUCAAGUCUAUAGCGCAGCCGUUACUUGCAAGAAUUUUGGUUCAGUGACCACCAGUUUUUCACUUUCAUACUGCAAAGCUUAUAUAACCAAUAACUGCUGAGGACAGUUCAGAGUCCAUGUGACUGUUCCACACUUGUAAAAAUUCCUCUGUUAUUAGACCAUGAGCCCUGCAGAGCCCAGGCCUUUCAAAUUUAUUGUAGCGUUAAACAUACGCCGUUGCACAAAGACUGUCCUUCCUCUUUGUCCACCAGGCUUUGGGUUUUCAGCAUUUCGAGAACAGCUGGGUGCUUUCACUUUGGUUUUUGUCCUCAAGAAUGCUAGUUUUGGUAUAAUGUUAUGGUUGUAUUAAUUCACCACACAGCACUUUUGAUAUAUAAAUAUUUUCUGUUUUCAUAACUUAUUUAAUUUUUUAAUAAUAUUAUAUAAUUUGUGUAGUGAUGUUAAAGUUUCUAAAGUGAUGAUGAGAAAAUCAAUAGUUUUUAUAAUAAAGGAAUAAUGAAAGGCU